GUGUAUACUUUGUGCAGAGUUAGGGCAUUUGUAAACUUCGUGGUUCAAUUGUUUCGAACGUUAGCAAUUUCCGGGAAUUUUUGUAAAAACUGCCACGCCUAAGUAAUACCUUUGCUUCUGACAGUCACUAGAAAUUACCUUGUCACUCAAGUGCAAUAAAUUUAAAUCAGAUCUCUACUGUAGUUGUCUGAUCAAAACGUUUCUGCCUUUUACAUGAAUUUAAUUAUGGAUAUCCUAGUUCACCCCGAGCUAAAGCUUCCUUUUAAAGCACAAGCUAACAUGACUUCCGAACAAAUAUUUUCAACAAUUAAUAUUUCCAGUGCUAUUUUACUACGUUCGUUUUUUUUUUUUUUUUUUUGCUUGAGACAAGGCCGCGCUCCACCUUUGACGGAUCUGACAGAUCAUCAGGAUCUGUGAUGCGUGAUGGUCGAGCUAGAUUAGCCCCACCAAGCUCAUACUGCCAUGGUUGACAUGCUCACUCUGAUAGUUCAAAAUGUUGGUUUAAGUGCGGGAAACCUAUGUAAGACCCAUAUGAGCGUUUUUGACACGUUGGAGUGGAGUUUCAUUCGUGGAUUGCACAGCUAGCCAUUUACUCUUCAGUAUAUUCCUUCGUGCAUGGAGUUAUUUAUACCACAGAUAACAUUUUCUUGUUGUUGUUUUUUUCUUUCUUCUGCGAAUGAACUUUCCAUGGCCAGAAAUAACGGUGAUAAGUUGUUUCGAUUUUCCUUCACAGGGAAUCGGGCUUUCUGGGUUAAAUGGAAAAUACCACUGCGUAACAGCCGUCUGUGCUUCUAAUGCCUGAAUAGGUCACAGGAACUGACCCGAAUCAGCGCUCUCGCGAACCUUCCGGCCCGUACGCAAGAACGCUGCACGCGGUUACGAGCCUCGCGAGCUUUCGAGCGAUAGCAGAACAAGAAAACGCAGCCUCGGGGACAGACGGCAGUUUCCACUGCGGACACACGCUCGGCUCUGCGGCCAAUGGACGUGCCAAGCCAUGUUCUCCUCCGCUGUUGUCUGCUCGGCAAGCACCGGCGUUCCCACGUUGGAAGAAGGAAAAGGAAGGCAUAACGAAGGCCCUUUCGCGUCUUCGCCGCCUCCUCAGCGCAGCUGCAGCCAUCAAGCGACGCGUCUUGGCGGCUGUAUAUAUAUACCGCGCUCGUUGGCACUGUCGCGUGCUCGUUUUACAAUUGCUUGAAACGGCGCACACUGAGGCGAGACCAUGGACGGGGACUUCAGCAAAAUCGUGAACAACGUAAUCGAAGGAAAGUCCGUGGACUUCUGGACGCUGGCGCGGUUCAUCUGGGAGCACCCGGAACUGGCCCUCAGCGAGGAGACGGCGCAUGCCAAGCUGUCUGACUUCCUGGAAGAGCGAGGGUUCAAGGUCCAGAGGAAAUAUCUCCUGAGCACGGCGUUCAGGGCAGAGUUCAGCGCGCCCGGAGGAACCGAUGGCCCGACGGUAGCGUUUUUGUGUGAGUAUGACGCCCUGCCCGAGAUCGGCCACGCGUGCGGCCACAACCUGAUCGCCGAACUGGCCGUGGCAGCCGCCAUCGCCGUCAGAGACGCCAUGAAGUUCUCGCCCACGCUGCGCGGAAAGGUAGUCGUGCUGGGCACUCCCGGUGAAGAGAACUGCGGUGGAAAGCAGAUACUCAUCGACAAGGGUGCCUUCAGGGACAUCGACAUCGCACUCAUGUCGCACCCUUUCCCGUAUGAGGCCCUCCGGACAGGCUUCACUGCAAGGCAGCAGGUGACCGUCCGCUUUCGCGGCAGGUCAGCCCACGCCGCCGAGUCCCCGUACAAGGGUCUCAACGCUCUGGACGCGGCGGUGGCCUCCUACAUGAACAUCUCCCUGCUGCGUCAGCAGAUCAGCCCCACCAGCAGGGUUCACGGCGUGAUCAUCCGGGCGGGCACCUACCCCAAUCUGAUUCCGGAAUUGAGCGAGCUGAGCUACCACAUCCGCGCUGUGAACAUCACCGAGCUGGAGGAGCUGGUGGCCCGCGUCGAAGGCUGCUUCCGCGCCGCCGCCUUGGCCACCGGCUGCGUCAUGAGCCUCGAGUGGGGCAUCCGCUACAAGAACCUGGUGCACAAUGUGGCGCUCACCGAGGUGUACCGAAAGCAUGGACAGGCACUAGGUGUCGUGUUCGAGGACGCUGACAUGAAGGAGGUGGUGCCCACCGGUGCAGCGACUGACGCCGGCAACGUUUCGCACUGCAUACCGACGCUGCACACUGUGUACGCGGUGGGCGGCGGCGUUCGGAAUCACACCCGUGGCUUCGCCGAGAUGGCGGGCACCAUCGACGCCCAAGGCCCGACGCGACGAACGGCCAAGGUGCUGGCGCACACGGCCAUCGAGCUGUUCUCCGACCCCGCGCUGGUGCAGAAGGUCAAGGCCGAGUUCGCCGACUGGCGCUGCCGCACGUCGUCACCCCCGACGGGCGCGAAAGCCAAGAAAUGAACGGUGCAAGUGACGGGUGCUCCUCUUGUGUCUCCGGAAACAAAACCGUCGUGUGUGCACCUCACCGACAUUGCACGGGGAUGAGGACUGCACUUACGGAUUACAGGGCUAUGUAUAUUUUGAGCGUCGCGUUUGCUAGUUUCUUGCUUCUUUGUUUUUCUUUUUUGGCACAGUAAAGCGGCGGCGCAUGGUCGGUCGCAGUAUGUUACGCA